UCGCGUUUAUUAUUAUACUUUACAGAGGGAGAUACAUAAAUUCAUUUUUCUUUGUUAAAAAUAUUACCUUAGCUAACUAGUUACCGCGUCGGCAAAUGAAUUUAAACUAAAUUUCCCGUUCUAUUUCAAAUAUCUACAUUGAAUACUACAAUAAAAUUAAAAGCUACGCCCACAGAAAUGACACCCAAUCUUUCAUAGCAUUAUGUAUUGCAUUAUCAGGUAAUUUGAUACCAUUCAACAAAACCAUUAACAUAAUUAUUUUCUAGCAGUCAUUUUAAAAUACAGCUCUAUGCCUUUCGAACCUUUAACGAAUAACAAUGAAAAUUGUUAUAUUAUUGUUCAGUGUGCUCAUCACUGUUUACGGCAAAGAAGCGCAUAAAAAAAAAGAAGAUGUGACUUGUGAUGGUGUUUAUUUACACGGAAAAUUUCACAGGAAAGAAGUUUUAUCGAAUGGUGUCAACCGUCCCUACCAGCUGUCGUAUUACAAUAACACAGUUUUCUUCAGCCAAAACAUCGGAGACGACAAGAAAGAUACGUUCGAAAUCGCCUACGUGAGACAUGGUCAAAUGAUGCCGGAAGCGAUAAACAAAACUACAAACGGAUUCGCAACAACGGUGGAUAGGAAACAUGAAUUAAUAUACUUUGGAGGUAGCGAUGGAGUGUAUGUUCAUAAUUUCAAGGAACCUGGCGAAAUCAAGCAUAUUAUCAAAUAUCACGAUAUUUGGGAUAUGUUUUUUUAUAAACAUCUUUAUUUUAUUGUGUAUCCGUCGCUCCGCCUUCACAAGAAGGUUGGUGACAUUAUAGAAAUCAUAGAGCACAUUCAAGAAAAAAUAUUUCAAUUCGCCGUCGAUGGUGAUGAUGAUAUUUUUAUAACUACGAGGGACGGAUUGUAUGAAAUAAAAAACGGCACGUCAGAACGUAUUUUGUACGAGGGACCCAAAAUUUUCAGGGCAUUGGAGGUCAAUCACGACGGCGUUGCAUUUUUUUGUGGACAGAAUGCGAUUUAUAUUGCUGACAAAGAAAAAUACAAAUUAGAGGUAGUUGCUCAUAUUAGGAACGUUUUUGGUUUGACUUUCGAUGAUGAUAAUAACAUGAUAUAUUCAAAUCCGCAUGAAAUUAUUAGGUUGUUGCCCGAAGAUUGUAAAUGACAAUAAUCUAUGUUCUAAUGCUGAACUUAUGAAAUAAAAAAUGAUUUUUGGAG